UGUUCGGUUCGCGACCGUUAUAGAGUAUAGUAUGGGACUCGUGUGUAGUGUGAGUGCGACACAUUUAUGAUGUUUUUAACAUAGUUGUGUGUGAAGUGUUGUGUUUAGUGAAUUGUUUAUUGGCUAAUGUGAAUCAGUGGUACAGGAUAUAGCCGCUUCAUCAUGAGGCGACGUUUGGAUUAUAUACCUCUGGCCCUCAUAUUUGUUGGGUUCAUUUUAUUGGAGCUACCCGCUUGUGUUUCAGGAUUAGUGUCUUGUUCGCCAAACCCGUGUAAAAAUGGCGGAGCAUGUGUAUCAUCACCACGGGGAGAGUCAUAUUGCAACUGCACGUCGAUGUACGUGGGAGAGUACUGCCAACACCCCAACCCCUGCCACACAGGCCCGGGACCUCGGUGUCAGAACGGUGGUACCUGCAACGUCCGCAUCUCACCGACCCACGGCAGUCCCAGCUUCUGGUGUACUUGUCCCAUUGGCUACUCCGCCUCUCUGUGUGAGAUACCCAUAGCCAACUCGUGCGACUCCGACCCGUGCCUCAACGGCGGGACUUGCUCUCUGACAGCUCUGGACAAGUACACUUGUACAUGCGCUCCUGGGUUUACCGGCGCACAUUGCGAGUUGAAGGACUACUGCGCCUCUAUGCCGUGUCGUAACGGCGCAACUUGUGUAUCACUGGAGGACUCGUACAAGUGCAACUGCGCCGCUGGCUUCAGAGGUCCAACGUGCAACGAGGACAUUGUAGAAUGUCUCAACAGCCCUUGUGUGCACGGCAAGUGCCGCAACACGCACGGAUCUUACACAUGCACGUGCGAGCCCGGCUACACAGGCAAGAACUGCGAGAGCGAGUACAUCCCUUGCGAUCCAUCCCCUUGUCUCAACGACGGCGCUUGCAAACAGAUAGACAAUCUCAACUACGAGUGUCAGUGCGUUACAGGAUACCGCGGUAAGAACUGCGAGGAGAACAUAGACGACUGUCCAGGCAACUUGUGUCAGAACGGCGCUACCUGUGUGGACCUCAUCAACCGCUACAACUGCCAGUGUCCUCCCACAUACACGGGCGAGUUCUGUGAACACGAUGUGGACGAGUGUUCCCUACGACCCUCCGUGUGCCACAAUGGUGCCACGUGUACCAACACCAUCGGAGGGUUCAGCUGUAUAUGCGUCAACGGGUGGACAGGACCUGACUGCUCGCAGAACAUCGACGAUUGCGCUGGAGCUGCUUGUUUCAACGGAGCUACGUGUAUUGAUAGAGUGGGCAGCUUUUAUUGCCAGUGCACAUCGGGGAAGACUGGACUUCUAUGUCACCUGGACGAUGCCUGCACCUCCAACCCUUGUCACGCCGAUGCCAUCUGUGACACCAGCCCCAUCAACGGCUCGUACACGUGCUCCUGCGCCAGCGGGUACAAGGGGGUCGACUGCUCCGAGGACAUCGACGAGUGCGAGCAAGGUUCGCCUUGCGAGCACGACGGCAUCUGCGUCAACACUCCAGGAUCCUUCGCCUGCAACUGCACUCAGGGGUUCACAGGACCUCGCUGCGAGACCAACGUCAACGAGUGCGAGAGUCAUCCUUGUCAGAACGACGGCUCCUGUCUGGACGAUCCUGGGACAUUCAGAUGUGUCUGCAUGCCUGGUUUCACUGGGACUCAGUGUGAGAUUGACAUCGACGAGUGCCAGAUCAACCCUUGUCUCAACGGAGGUAUCUGCAACGACCUGAUCAACACCUUCAAGUGUACCUGUCCCAUUGGCUUCACUGGCGCCAGGUGUCAGACCAACAUAGAUGACUGUGUCAGCAGCCCUUGCCGCAACGGGGGUAUCUGUCGAGACUCCAUCGCUGGAUACACUUGUGAAUGUCCCCCAGGAUUUACUGGAUUGAGUUGUGAGACCAACAUCAACGACUGCCAGUCCUCGCCGUGCCAUCAUGGAGACUGUAUUGACGGAGAGAACUCCUUCACUUGCCAGUGCCACCCUGGCUACACAGGCUACCUGUGCCAGUCACAGAUGGACGAGUGUGCCAGCAACCCGUGCCAGUACGGCGGACAUUGCGAGGACCUCAUCAAUGGCUACCAGUGCCGCUGUCGCCCAGGCACCUCCGGGCCUAACUGUGAGAUCAACGUCAACGAGUGUUACAGCAACCCUUGCCGCAACGGAGCCAAGUGCAUAGACGGAAUCAACAGAUACUCUUGUGAGUGCCAUGCUGGUUUCACGGGACUGCAUUGUGAGACCAACAUCAACGAGUGUGCAUCAAACCCUUGUGCAAACGGAGGCCUGUGUGUGGACCUGGUGAAUGGCUUCCGCUGUGAGUGUCCGCGCGGCUACUACGAUGCUCGCUGUCUCAGUGAUGUGGACGAGUGUGCGAGCGAUCCUUGUCUCAACGGAGCGACUUGCGAGGACGGCCUGAACCAGUUCAUCUGCCACUGUCGUCCUGGCUAUGGAGGCAAACGGUGCGAGUUUGACAUAGACGAGUGUGGCAGCAACCCUUGUCAACACGGAGGUCAGUGUAUUGACCGGCUCAAUGGCUACAUGUGUCAGUGCCUGCCUGGCUACAUGGGUACUAACUGUGAGACCAACAUAGACGACUGCGCUGGCAAUCCUUGCCGCAACGGAGGAGCUUGUAUAGACCUGGUCAACGCGUACAAGUGUGUGUGUGACUUGCCUUACACUGGCCACAACUGUCAAGAGAAACUGGACCCUUGCACUCCCAACAGGUGUCAACACAACGCUCGCUGCUCACCCUCUUCCAACUUCCUAGACUUCUCAUGCGCCUGCAGUCUGGGCUACACAGGCCGCCUGUGCCAUGAGGACGUGGACGAGUGUCAGGUGUCUUCACCUUGUCGCAACGGAGCCACCUGUCAGAACACCAACGGCUCGUACCAGUGUGCCUGUGCUAGAGGAUAUGAGGGAAGAGACUGUCUCAUCAACACUGACGACUGCGCUUCAUUCCCCUGUCAGAACGGAGGUACCUGCCUAGACGCAGUGGGAGACUACAGUUGUCUCUGUGUGGACGGCUUCACCGGCAAACAUUGCGAGGUGGACAUAGACGAGUGUCAGUCAGGGCCUUGCCGCAACGGAGCUACCUGUACUCAAUACGUGGACUCGUACACUUGCACAUGUCCACUGGGCUUCUCAGGGAUUAACUGUCAGACCAACGACGAGGACUGUACUGACUCCAGCUGUAUGAACGGUGGCUCUUGUGUCGACGGAAUCAACAGCUACACCUGCAUCUGCCAGCCAGGAUACACCGGCACCAACUGUCAGUCGCGUAUCAACGAGUGUGACAGUGCGCCUUGUGCCAACGGUGCCACAUGUAUGGACCACAUCAAGUACUACAGUUGUCACUGUCCGUACGGAUACACAGGCAAACAUUGUGAGAGCUACGUGGACUGGUGCGCCACAGAUCCUUGUGAGAACGGAGCUCAAUGUCGCCAGAAGGACAACUCCUACCAGUGUCUGUGUGCGGCCGGCUGGACUGGCAAAGUGUGCGACGUGGAGAUGGUCUCUUGUAAUGAUGCUUCUAUCAGAAAAGGUGUUUCCCGAGAAGUGCUCUGCAACAACGGCACGUGUGAGGAUAUCGGCAACAGCCACCGCUGUCACUGCAUGGACGGCUACACAGGCAGCUACUGUAGUGUGGAGAUCAACGAAUGUGACAGUCAGCCUUGUCAACACGGAGCGACCUGUGUGGAUCUGGUCGGCUCGUACACCUGCCACUGUGACAAGGGCUUCCAGGGACAGAACUGUGAACUCAACGUGGACGACUGUCAGCCCAACCCUUGUCAGAACGGAGGCACUUGUCAUGACCUGGUCAGCAACUUCAGCUGCUCUUGUCCACCGGGUACUCUUGGCAUCAUCUGUGAGAUUAACGUAGACGACUGUGUGCCGGGCGCAUGCCACAACAACGGCACGUGUAUGGAUCGCGUGGGAGGCUUCGAGUGCCACUGUCCAGCAGGGUUUGUAGGACCUCGGUGUGAGGGAGACAUCAACGAGUGCCUCAGCAACCCUUGUGCUGGCCCUGGCACUCUGGACUGUGUACAACUCAUCAACAACUACCACUGCAACUGUCGGCCCGGCUACAUGGGGCGUCACUGCGAAGUCAAGGUGGACUUCUGUGAGAGUAGUCCAUGCCAGAACGGAGGAGUAUGUAACCCACUAGAGGCCGGUCACUCGUGCUCUUGUCCUGAGGGCUACUCAGGUCGCAACUGUGAGUUCUUCGGCUACGACUGUGACUCGGACCCUUGUCAGAACGGAGGCUCGUGUCAGUCCCUGGACGGAGGAGGCUACUUCUGUGAAUGUCCACCUGGUACUGCUGGGACUCACUGUGAGCUGGAUGCCCUCAACGAGUGUGCCAGCAAGCCUUGCGCUCACGGUGCUGCAUGUCAGGACAGAGUGGGUGACUACGCAUGCUACUGUCCUCCUAAGUGGGCCGGCAAGAACUGCGACACCUACGACCCUAACUUCCGCGGUGGCAUCGGUCGCAACAACGUCCAGCCUCCACCACUGAUAUCCAUCCAGGAGAGAGAGAUGGAGAAGGAACUGGAGAAGUGCCGUCUGAACAACUGUCGAGCCAAGUCCGGCAACGGUCGGUGCGACGAGGAGUGCAACACCUUCGCUUGUCAGUUUGACGGCAACGACUGCUCUCUCGGUAUCAACCCGUGGCGCAACUGCACAGCUCCCAUCAACUGCUGGGAGGUCUUCAUGAACGGACGGUGUGACGAGGUGUGCAACAACCCUCAGUGUCUGUUUGACGGACAUGAUUGUGAGAAGACAUUACAGCCUUGCAACCCUAUCUACGACGCCUACUGCCUGAAGCACUACGCUAACGGUUACUGUGACUACGGCUGCAACAACGCAGAGUGUAACUGGGAUGGUCUGGACUGUGACCAAGGGGCGUCUGAGCUGGCCGAGGGAGCCAUGGCCAUGGUGCUGCUUAUGGACAUGCAGAGCUUCCUCAACAAGAAAGUCACCUUCCUGCGAGAGUUGGGUCAGCAGUUGAGAGCCACAGUGCGUAUCCAGCUGGACGAGUCAGGACGUGAGAGAGUUUAUCCUUGGAAGAUGUCUAAUGGAGACGCAGGCUCCCGAGGAGUCAUCAUCUACCUGGAGAUUGACAACCGUCGCUGCGCUCUAAAUCAGGGCCUUGGUAUCCCUGAGUGCUUUGUUUCGGCCACUGAGGCGGCAGACUUCCUAGCAGCCACAGCGGCGACUCACGCUCUCUCCACCUCGUUCCCCAUCUACCAAGUACACGGAGUGUCUGACAGGGAUAUCAUUGAGCCCGACAGUCCCAACCGCAGCAAGUACAUCCUGACAGGGGUCAUCCUCACUGUGCUGGUUGGUCUGCUGCUGGGCGUGCUUGUACAGGCGCAGAAGAAGAGAGCUAAUGGCAUCACUUGGUUCCCGGAGGGCUUCUUGCGGAAUAACAGUGGACAGCGGCGCAGGUCCAGACGCCGUGGGCCGGAUGGACAAGAGAUGCGUAACUUGAGCAAGCAGCAGAUCGCUUGUGUCGAUGUCCCCGGUGCACACUGGUCAGACGACGACAGUGAGCUACCACCGAGCAAGCGAGCGAGAGACAACGGCUACGCUAGCGAUCACACGGCCAUCACUGACUAUGAGGACAUGUGGGGACAGCCUCGGGCUCCUCCUCCGAUACUCACACCUCCCAGCAUGGAAGGGGUAGAUGUGCGACUCCCCUGUGGAAUGACUCCACUAAUGGUGGCCGCAGUGAAGGGAGGAGGGCUGGACACCGGAGAGGAAGAAGAAGAUGACAGUACAGCAGCUGUGAUCGCAGACUUGGUAGCUCAGGGAGCUGAACUUAACGCAACAACGGACAAAACUGGAGAAACCUCACUGCAUUUGGCAGCCAGGUACGCAAGGGCUGAUGCAGCCAAGAGACUGCUAGAUGCCGGAGCAGAAGCUAACUCUCAGGACAACACAGGAAGAACACCUCUACAUGCGGCUGUAGCAGCUGACGCCAUGGGAGUCUUCCAGAUACUAUUAAGGAACAGAGCAACAAAUUUGAACGCUCGAAUGCACGAUGGUACAACCCCACUGAUACUGGCUGCCAGACUGGCCAUCGAGGGAAUGGUAGAGGACCUGAUCAAUGCAGACGCUGACAUCAACGCAGCAGACAACAGUGGCAAGACUGCAUUGCACUGGGCUGCUGCCGUCAACAAUGUAGACGCUGUCAAUGUGCUGCUGGCUCACGGAGCAAACAGAGACGCACAGGAUGACAAGGACGAAACACCACUGUUCCUGGCAGCAAGAGAGGGAGGUUAUGAAGCUUGUAAGGCUCUGCUGGACAACUUUGCCAACAGAGAGAUCACAGAUCACAUGGACAGACUGCCUCGUGAUGUGGCUGGUGAGCGUUUGCAUCACGAUAUUGUGAGGCUGCUAGACGAGCAUGUGCCUCGAUCACCUCAGAUGGUGUCUGUCAUCUCAAACGGACCUCUCAUAGGGUCUCCAAAUCAUCAUCACUUGAUAAGCCAACCCACCGUCAUUGGAGGAGCUUCAGGCAAGCCUCCGAGCAAGUCCAAGAAGAGGCCGAAGUCCGGCAACGGAAGUCCUAACAGUCCGGACAUGGAUCUCACUGGUCAAGUGAUCCGCAGAAAGCCGAGUGUCAAGAAAAGCAAGAAGCCUUCAACUCUGGAGGACGGAGCGAUGAGUCUAGAAGCGACCGUUUCACUCUACAGCAACGCAGGUCUGCCGCAGCCUCCUGCGUAUGAGGAUUGUAUCAAGAACGCAGUGUCUCUGCAGAGUCUGCACAAUCUGGGGUUGGACCCAUACUCGUACCAAGCAGUGUCCGGGUAUCAAGACUCUCCACCACACAGUGUGUCCUCCCCCUCCCCUGUCAAGAGUCGCCCCUCCAUGCCUCUCUCUCCCACACACAUGGCCGCCAUGCGCGCAGCCACGCAGAAGCACGCGCAGGCCAUGCAGUUCGACUUCCCCUCCGACCUUUCCUACAUGGGUUACCCUCCUGCGCAACAACAGCAGUACUACCACUACCUCACCCCUCCCUCCGAGAGCUUACAGACUCCCGAGAGUUUCCCCACCCCCUCCCCAGAGUCCUCCUCACCAUGCUAUUGGUCGAGCUCCUCCCCUCACUCCAACUCGGACUGGUCUGAAGGCAUCUCUAGUCCAAAUAACAACAAACAACCAGAGCCUAUAUAUAUUUAAUGCCUUUUUUAACGUUUGUACAAAGUGUUUUCAUACAAGACUAGUGUAUUUAUUUACGAUAAUUUGUUCAUAAUUUUCUAGACGAAUCAAAGGACUGUUUUAAAAAGGUGGAUACAAUUCUGUGUUUGUUUUAAGGUGCAAUUUUAUCGGGAGCCUUUAAGCAUUUAAUCCACAUCCGUUUUCAAGCUAUUUAUUUAUUGUGAAUCGUUUAUAUUCACAGUCCAAGUAACGUAAGUAAGGAUGAGUUUGAAGUUAUUACGAGAGUGUUCACAAGACAUACAUGAGUAAAGGUUCAGGGAUAAUCUCUACCGAUGGCAAUCGUUGUAUUGAUUUUCCAAUCAUUUUAUCAGUAGUUAAGUUAACGUGAUAGUCUGUGACUAUUUCCUGGCCAGACGCGACUGUGAUAUUCACAGUUUUGUAGUUUUCAAUAUUUUUAUUCAAAACACCGUUUUAUGGGUGUAGUGAAUAUAUUUUAGCGUAACUUGAGGUUUGAUCUCCUGUGUUGUAUUUAUAAUUGUAAUGUAAGUUUUAACAAGAUUGGACUAUCACUUGCUCAAAAUGAGUAUGCUCUCUUCGUGCCUUUGAAAAGAAUCAACUACUGUGGUAAGAAGUGCCAGCUCCGUGGUGUCUUUCCUCGUGGUAAUUCCUUUUGUAAAUAAAAUACUUUUGUACA